GUUUCUUCCUGCGACUCGCUUUGUGCAAUUGGUUAUACUGUAUUUCUGUGUUGUGAGUAAACGCAACUCAUGAUGGCUCUGAUCAUUCUGUCUGUGCUGAUGUUGCUGGGAUGUCCGUGCUCAGUCUCUCAUGUUGCCAAUAAUUUUAAAGAAUGCAAGAUAUUUUUCAUGGAUGGCCAACCUCCACAGAUUCAUGGCAUUUUGGAAGGUGUCGUGUCAAAAAAUGAAAAUCGUUAUAAAACAAUCUGUCAAAGUUAUGAGGACGUGUACAGAUAUGCAACACUCUACGACAUAAUCAACAGAAUUCCAGUGUUCUCUGCUUACAAAUAUACUGGAAAAGGACACUUCAAAUCGAAAAGAAAAACAGCCAAAUUGGAUGACUGAGCCUCAGCUAGAACAAAGCAAAGACAUGGCAGAACCAUUUGUCAACCAGUCUUCCUAUGAUGACUACAAAAACAAUACUGAAGAGCUGAGCCGCGGUCAUUUAUUUCCCAGCUGCCAUGCACCCGAUGAAUCAACGGCCAAUUCCACAUUCACACUCACUAACAUUGUGCCGCAGUACAAGAGCUUUAAUACAGGCAGCUGGAAUAUCAUGGAGAAGAAUACCACAAAGCUCAUGGAUAAAAACUGCCAAGGCCCAGCUUUUGUGCUGACAGGUGCUGUACCUAGCAGCGAACGGAAAUUGAAAGGCAGAGUUAACAUUCCCACAAAGAUGUGGACGGCAUUUUGCUGUCUUGGUAGAAAUAACAAGUGUUUUUCUAAAGCUCACUGGGCAGAUAAUAUAAAUGAUGGAACAAGAACAAUUGAAACAAAGGAACUGAAGGACUUAGAGCAAAUGCUGAAAAACACCAGUGACUGGGGGAAUGUGCAGCUCUUCAAGAACAAUUGUCAUUUAAAAAAGAUGUGAGGCCCAAUGUAAAAUGAUCCCUGAGAAUGAAUGCCAUUUCUCAUUUAUAUCUUACAUAUCUUUCUUGCUUUUGUGCUUCAAUCUUUUAUCAGUUAUUAGUAACUUACACAGACUACUGAAGAAAUGACUGAACUUCUGAUAUAAACUCAUCUAAUGAUCUGACAUUUCAUGUAGGAUUCUCUGUCUGUGUCAAAGGUUUAUUAAUGCAGUGAUAAGAUGUGCUCUGUUUUGAUUGUGCAUUGUCAA